AUGUCAGACGAAGAUCUUACUCAAGCGACUAAGAUUGUUUCUUUAUAAAAGCUGUAAAUUUUUAUCCUACUUCAAAAUGCCAAGUGUAGAUUAAUUUAUCAAAUUUAUGUUUUAAAUGCACUUACUAAUAGGUUUUGUAAAAUCAUUAAUUAUAUACCAAAAAUAAUUCAAAAAAUUAUUUACACUAACCCCCCCCUCCGUAGGCGAACAAAAAAAUCUUGUUCGCUCAUGGUGGGUGGUUGGUCAAGCACAGGUAGCAACCCUACACCCCCACCCCCCCAACCCCCCUAAAAAAAUGGCACCCCCACCCCCAUCCCCCUUAAUAUAGCAUAAAAUAUAUGAAAAAUGCCAAUUUAGAGCAGACGUAAUAAAUAAAUUAUUAUUUUAAAUAUUCAAAAUUACUGAUUUAUACAAUAUCCACAUAGCGUAGCAAUGGGGUGAGAAUUUCCUAUAACUAGUAAGCUCACCAAAUCUGAAAAAAUUUGUUAGAAAGUUAAUAAUGAUCUUUGGUAUUAAUUAGCAAUAUAUCCUGCAUAUAUUUAUGAACUUUGUGGAACAAUGGCUAAAAGUCGAAUUAGAGAUCCAAAAGUAAAACUGACAAUAUGUAUGCUAUUUUUAUUACCACUAUGAAUCCUGUUACCAAUUCAGUCCUGCAAUCUUUGUACAAUGGUAAUCAGAUUAGCUUUAAUUUAUGAAUCCAUAAAUUUAAUGCAAGUUAUUCUAUUGUGCUUGGCUAAUUUAAUAAUUAAUGCCAUUAUCUAUAUCUUUGGCAUUAUAUUUAUAAAUAUAAAAACAAAUUUAAUAUAUUUUCUAAUUAAUUGCUAGUUAAUUUAAAUUUAUUAAUUAAUUAUAAAUAUAAAGUAAUUUGUGGACUUAAUUUAAAAAUAUAGUGUUUUUAAUUGGGUUAUGUUUAAUUUAUUCUGCUUAUUUCCUAUCAAAUACUUCUAUAGGAUAAAACCCGAGAGGAGGGGGUGGGGGGUGCCAUCUGUGAAAGGGGGGUGGGGGUUCCCUUAUUGGAGGGGGUGGGGGUGUAGGGUUGCGACCUAUGCUUGACCAGGUGGUUAAUUUUUUUUUAUAUAAAUUUUAAAUAAAAAAAUAUUUUCGAAAUUUACUUCUCGAAAAUUGAAAGGCAAAUAUUAAGUUAAUUUGUGAACUUUAUGUUUUAAAACACAAUCUGUUUAUAUUUAAACAGAAUUAGUUUGAGAUUUCGUGAUACUAGUUAUCACUUAUAUAUCAAAAUUUUUUCACAUAAAAAAUUUUUCUAUUAAAAAAAUUUUUUAUUAAUAACAAAGGGUAUUUUUCUAAUGGUUUUGUUUGCUCACGGAGGGGGGAGUAAGGUAGAGAUAGUGACUGUGAGCAAAUCGAGGAAAAAAUAGAUGAAUGCGCUAUUUCGGAAAAAAGCGAGCAGAACUCAGAGGAAAAUAAUUCUAACUCAGAAAAAAGUGAGACAAACUCAGAAAAAAGCGACUCUGAAAGCGAGAUAAACGAAGAUACCACUUUAGCAAAGGCUAUUCCUGAAACAAAAGUAAUUAGAUACACCCCGUCGUAUCUUUCAAAGUACGAAAAAACUAGAGUUCUCGGAGCAAGAGCUUCCCAGAUUAGCCAAAACGCUCCAAUUUUUGUUCAGCUUGAUCCUAAUGAAACUGAUCCAUUAGAGAUCGCCUAUAAAGAGCUCAUAAAUAAAAAGCUUCCUUUUAUAGUCAGAAGAUACCUUCCAGAUGGUUCAUAUGAAGACUGAAAUCUUUGCGACUUAGAAAUUGUGUAA